CGCUUUGUAUUGCCUACUGAUGGGACAUCUGUCCAAUUUUCGGCUGCAUUUGUUUUUUUCAUGAUUGUAGUUGUAAACAGUCACCUGUGCAUUUAAGCUGAUUAUCUCGACCGAAUGGCGACUGCGUCAAGUCUGCUGAUGAGGUGAGCGGCCGCGUGUUUAUGCUGAGCUAAUAUGUAUACCAUAGAUCAUCAAAAUAUGAAAUGGUAUUCAUAAUGGAAUUGUCUAUGCAGGUAGUGCUGAUGUAUUGUAUAUAAAGUUGGACCUAUGUACAAAAUGUGCUCCUCUGUCGAAAAACACCGAAAACAUUUUGUUUACCAAAAAAAAAAAUUUUUUUACUCAACAAAAAAAAAUUUGCUAUCCACAAAGUCAUUAAGUCGCUAUGCGCCUGUGUAAGAGACUCUUAUCUCAUCGAGCUGUCUAUCAGCUUUGACAUACAAAUUACCUCAGACGUGUGGGUACAUAUGCCGGGACUACAGUACAUUCUAUGAUAGUACCGUACAUUGUCUCAUCUCUCGCAGUUUAUGACAAACUACGGGCAUUUAUGCAGUCACUGUCAGCAGCGCACCAGCAGAGUGACGCGCAAUUACGAGAGACGCGCGGCGAAGCUAUACUAAUCAGUGAAGUGAAGAAAGCAUAUACAUAACUAAAUUGUUAGAGGUCCGCGAUUUCCUCGGCUCAGCGUUAAAUGUGGUAAAAUCGCAAUAGCACGCUGUUGCCUGUGCUGCCUUUGUUUUUGGAACCUAAUGAUUGGUUUAACGGUAGUUUGAGUUGAUACGCGUCAUUAGUCAGCUCGCGCGCGCAAUCUGCUAUUUAGUUGAGUUUAGUCACUCGCCGCACAGACGACUAAAUUCGCAAAUUCAUAGACGCGUACGCGUACUCAACGCCUCACCACCCCCCACCUCACGCUGCUCGGAACCACUCCAGACGCGGCGAACGGCAAACAUUCCUUAAUAUAUACAUAUAUGUACAAGUACAUAUGUUUGUUUGUUUUAAUUGUACAUUAAAUUUGAUUUGCUUUCGAACGCAAUUGUGUUGACCUUUCCCCCAAAUUGUGCGCGCGUGUGUAUGUAAAUAUUUUAGUGAAAAAAAUUAAAUAAAUAAAAAUUUUAUGAAAAAGUGUGAAAUUCGUGAAAAAUUCGUUUUUGUUCCCAACCCAACAAAUAAGUUUUGUUGUUAUUGUAAUACAAAAUUUCUUUCGCUCAAAAGUUUAAAGUGAAAAAAAGUUAUGAAGAAAGCGCUCAGCACCGCCCAAGAGGAUGAGGCGUCUGAGCAGGGUGCUGUAGGCGACCAAGCGCGUCGCACGCCGCCGCGUCUCGUGCAAAUGGGUCGCGCUUUCUCCGAAAUGUCUCCGCUGAAUCCCGCCUCCGCUUCGCCCUCCAGUCGCAGCGCGUCGAGCGCGGCUGCUGGCGUCGCUUUGCAAAUUCGCCGUGACUCUGGCAACUAUGGCAGUAUGUUUCCUUUUGGCUUUUUGCGUCUAUCCCUACAAAAAACCGGAAGCUCGAUACAGCAUCUCAAUCGCUACGGAGAUUCUAUGGGUUCACUAGCACAUCGAGCGCUCCUACAAUAUGUGGAAAAUAAUGACCUGUCCGGUUUGCGCGCUAUCUUAGAUAGUAGGCAUUUAUCCGUCGAUGAUCGUGAUGAGAAUGGCACCACUGGACUUAUGGUUGUUGCUGGACGUGGCUUAACUGUUUUUGUGCGCGAAUUCUUGGCACGCGGCGCAGAUGUCCAAGCGGAGGACAAUGACAAUUGGACGGCACUUAUAUGCGCGGCCAAGAAUGGUCACUUCGAUAUCGUACAACUGCUCAUCGAUCACGGCGCCGAUAUUGAGCAUCGUGAUAUGGGCGGUUGGACGGCAUUAAUGUGGGCCGCUUAUCGUGGUCACACCGAUCUGGUGCGUUUCCUGCUCGAGAAAGGCGCAGAUGUGAAUGUACAUGGCAAUUAUCAUUUGGGUCCGCUGCUGUGGGCAGCAGGUCGUGGCUUCAGAGAUAUUGUUGAAUUGUUGGUGCAACGCGGUGCUAAGGUGAAUGUCGGCGAUAAGUAUGGCACAACAGCGCUGGUGUGGGCGUGCCGCAAAGGCAAUGCUGAGAUUGUCGAUACGCUACUAAAGGCCGGUGCUAAUGUCGACACAGCUGGCAUGUAUUCGUGGACGCCGCUGCUGGUGGCCACCUCAGGCGGGCAUACAGACUGUGUUACUUCGCUGCUGGAGAAGAAACCCAAUGUUAAUGCGCUGGAUAAGGAUGGCAUGACCGCGUUGGCGAUUGCGAGUCGUGAGGGCUUCCAAGAAAUAUGCGCGGCUCUGAUCGCCGCUGGCGCUUACAUCAAUAUUCAAGAUCGCGCCGGCGACACACCCCUCAUACAUGCCGUCAAAGGUGGUCAUCGCGGCGUUGUUGAAGCGCUACUUAAAAAGCAUGCUGAUGUUGAUAUACAAGGCAAGGAUCGGAAAACUGCUAUAUACACGGCAGUUGAGAAGGGCCAUACGCAUAUAGUUAAGAUACUCUUGUCCACCAAUCCCGAUCUCGAGGCGGCGACUAAAGACGGUGAUACCGCGCUGCUACGCGCCGUGCGCAACCGUAAUCUGGAAAUGGUGCAAAUGUUGUUGGAUCGCAAGGCAAAGGUGACGGCGAGCGAUAAACGUGGCGACACUUGCUUGCACAUUGCCAUGCGCGCGCGUUCCAAAGCAAUUGUUGAGGCAUUGCUGCGCAACCCCAAGAACAGUCAACUCUUGUACAGAGCGAAUAAGGCUGGUGAGACGCCAUACAAUAUUGAUACCAUACAUCAAAAAACUAUAUUGGGACAAGUAUUCGGCGCGCGUCGUCUCAAUACGAAUGAAGACUCGGAAGGCAUGCUCGGCUAUGAAUUGUACUCGUCCGCUUUGGCUGAUGUAUUGAGUGAGCCUACGCUAACCACACCCAUUACGGUCGGUUUGUACGCCAAAUGGGGUAGCGGUAAAAGUUUUCUGCUUAACAAACUACGAGAUGAGAUGAAUAAUUUCGCUCGCCAGUGGGCGGAACUGCCCAUCAAUACGAGCGGCUUGAUGUUCCUGGUUAAUCUGCAUAUCGCGUUAGUGCUAGGCACCGUAGUCGGCCUAUCUUCGUGGUCUGCCAUGUGGGGCAGUAUAGCAGCAGUGCUUUAUUUAGUGUUCACAUACCUCCUGCUUGCCAGUAUUAAUUAUGCUAAUAACCAUAUGGAUGUCUACUGGGCAUAUUCGGUGCAACAUGGUAUUAUGAAGCGCUUUGGUCGUCUGCGUCUAAUAUUACAGGUGGCAUUCUGUCAUCCGCCUGGUGCGCAAGCGGACACACAAGCGAAACCGGUGCGUUUUCACUUUGCUGAGGCGAGCAGCGCGUCGCCUACGGGCGAGAGCGCGGUUACGCAUAUGUUGGCUGCGCUCUAUGAGGCCAUCGAAUCGCACUAUGGCUGGCUGUCUACACGCUUGUAUCGCGCUUUUCGUCCUAAAGCGUUGAAAGUGACAUCCGGUUGGCGCUGGCGUCGCAUGUGUUGCAUGCCAAUUGUGAUUGUUUUCGAGUUAUGUCUAUUAACACUUAUUACGGGUAUCUCACUCGUGGUGGCGUAUUUCACGUACGCUUCGGCUGAGGAAAAAGAAAGGAUACUCGUUUCGCUUUAUGUAAUUUGCGCGAUAUUAGUGACUAUUAUUUGCACGAAUUUACAUGGACUGGCGAAGGCAUUCGGUUCGCUCUUCAUUUCACAAGGACGCCAUUUGCGUCGUUCGGUGCGUCUUAAUGAGGGUGCGCCACUGACUGCAAUGGGCGCCGAGGUGGCUCUCAUGACCGAUAUGGUGAAGUGCCUGGAUGCUUUUACGAAUCAGCAAAGCCGCCUUGUGGGCGUUGUAGACGCUUUGGAUUCCUGUGAUACGGAGCGCAUACUUUGCGUGCUCAACGCCAUACAAACGUUGCUCUCCUCGCCGAAUCGUCCAUUUGUUUUGCUUAUCGCUGUCGAUCCGCAUGUAAUUGCCAAAGCAGCAGAGGCUAAUAGCAGACGUCUCUUCACCGAAGGUGGCAUUGGCGGCCACGAUUUCUUGCGCAAUCUAGUGCACUUGCCGGUGUAUUUGCAGAAUUCUGGUUUGCGUAAGGUGCAACGCGCUCAAAUGACCGCUAUGCUCUUCAAACGCAACUACAGUGAAUUCCCCAAUGAAGAUGGUCCCACACUGGGACAUUCGGUGUCGGCGCGUCGCUUGUCCAAUGCAUCGGAAAUAAUGUCCAGUCAAGAGAAAUUGCGCACCUCGCAUAAUCCCGGGCGCAGCGGAAAGAAGAUGCGUCUCUCCGAAUCGGUGGCCAGUUCGAUUGGAUCGAAUUUGCAUCGCUUGGGUCAGAAUCCGCAGGGCGUGCUCGAUCUGUCGCGCAUCAUGUUAACCGAUGACUAUUUUAGUGAUGUGAAUCCGCGCAGCAUGCGUCGUCUCAUGAAUGUCAUCUACAUAACAGUGCGUCUACUGAAAGCAUUCCAAAUAGACUUUAGUUGGUAUCGUUUAAGUUCUUGGAUCAAUUUAACGGAGCAGUGGCCACUGCGCGCCAGCAUGAUUGUGCUGCAACACGACAACUUCAUGGAUUCAUAUGACGAUAAUGUGUCGUUGCAAGCAGUCUAUGAAAAAGUACGCCCAAAAAUCGCUUGUCUACGCGAGGCAGCACCAUUGCUCGAGCUCGAUCGCGAUGAGCGCAAAUUGGAUGCAUUCUUGCAGUUGCAUAAAUCGGAUUUGUUAGUGGCGGAUUUGCGCAUAUUUCUGCCUUUCACAAUCAAUCUCGAUCCAUAUUUGAGAAAAGUUUUGAAAGAGGACCAACAAUCGAUCGAAGAUGAAGGCACGCUAAUGCUGCAGAAUAAGCCGAGCAUUAAUCCUGCCGUACGCAUACCCCCACCAAUACCGACGUAUGUGCCUUCGCCUGCUGCUUAUCCCCCAUAUCAAUUAUUCCACAACGACUAUGAGUUGAGACAUCGAAAUGCCAGUAUAAAUUCAGAACCGGCAAUGACGCCGCUAAUCGGCUCGCCAAGUGAUUCGUUUGGUGAUGACGUGCUGCAGACAAAACUAUCCGACCUAACGGUUGAAGGUGUCGUCAGCUUGCUGGAACGCGUCGAUGACUUGCGUCCCGCCUUACCGAAGUUGUCACCUAUUCUCAAAGAGAAUGCCAUAAAUGGGCGCGUACUGAAAUACUGCGAUAUCACCGAUCUGAAAGGGGUGCUCGGUCUCAAUUUUGGCCACUGGGAAUUAUUUAGACUACUUAUAAACACACUGCGAGACUGUGAAAAAUUGCAACGUAAAUUCAAACCAACACCGGCGAUAGCUGAUGUGCCAGCCCCAAACACGACGGCACCAAAAGACAGCACAGACACACAUACGCUGGCGCCGAGUCAACCGCAUUCACGUAAAAACUCAACCACCAGUCAUAUGGAAAAGCAGGUCACGCUGGAGGAGCAAAUGAUUUGCGGCGCAUUGCAAACCCUCAACGAGGAAGCCUUCGAGGAUGUGGCGAGCAGUGAGCGACCCAGCCCAUCGGGUUUGCCUACAGGUGAGAUGUUAGCUGCAGCUGCACAACUGCAAUUAGCGCCCAUACGCGAGUCAUCGGAAUUCGGUUCACCGUCCGAUGACCUCAAAUUUAAUCACUUCCUACAGUAUGCCAACAAUAACAACUACGGCAAUUUUCAUACACAACAAUAUAAUCACAGCGACAGCACGCAUUCGCUGCAAAGUAUUGGUAUUGGUGGUGGUGGUGGUGGUGGUGGUGUCGGUGGUAAUAACACUAUUCAUAUGGGUAAUGGAGGCACUGGCGUUUUUAAUACUGGUCAUGUUGGUGGUGGCAUUGGUGCUGGCGACAUGUAUAAGUUGCGUCAUAGUAUUGUUGGUGAUGCCAGCACCCAAGCUGCCGUACAAUUGUUGGCUAAUCAACAACAACAACACCAGUUGACAGCUGGUGGGCAUGGUCAUCAUCGCAAUCAGCGCCAUCACUCUGUAGGUGAUGAUUUGCUCUAUGAAUCCCUAAUGCCACAACAGCAACAACUGCGUUUGCCUAUACAACAACAACAUCAGCAACAACAACAACAACGCAAUACAGUACCAACAGUUGUUGUCAUACCAAAUACAAAUGGUGAUCACGAUAUCAGCGAUACGCCUCUAUAGUAAAGCAAAGGGAUAGAUUUCAAAAUAUUUAUAUUUUCGAAAUUUCGAACAUUCUUUUAGAAAAUACGCAAUAUUACGGUGCCAGUAACAAAUGCAAUUAUCUAAACUAGUACAUACAUAAAACUAUACAUAUAUAUAUAUAUAUAUAUUGUAUUGUGAAUAUCGGUCACAAACCCUCCCAGUACUGCACCACUAAUAGCACACAUGUUGUUGGCACAGAACCGUACACACACACAUACACACGUACACUCAAAGGCACUUGAAGUAUUUAAAUCUUUGUGUAUAUUUGUAAGGUUACAGCGCCAUGGAAUGCACUCAAAGCCCAAGAAGUUUUAUAUUUUAUCCAGUCUUGUCGCGUUAUAUAAAAACUGUUAUUUGAAGCUCAAUGUAGCGCAGUAUUAAACCCCGUCUUUGUGUAGUAGCUGCUUUAGUUUCGAUUUUUGACAACAUUUUUAAUGCAUUUGACGAGUUCGUAAUAUUUAAAAAAUGCUCAUUAAAAUUGCAACAAAUAAAUUUUAAUUAAAAAAAGACAAGUAUAUGUAAGUUAAAAUCGAUAUGAAUAUUUUUUAAAACUGCAAAUGCUUGACGAUUAUUGUUUCAAUAAGAAAAAACGUUAGCUUCGGCUGCACCGAAGCUAUAACACUCUUCACAGGUGCUUUUUAUAGCGUAAAGAUGUAUAAAAAGAUCUUUAUCUUGAUUUUGAUCGGUCAGUUUAUAUGGCAGCUCUAUGCUACAGUGUUCCAAUCUGAACAAUUUCUUCAGAGAUUGUAGCGUUGCAGUGAAUAACAAUUUAUGACAAGAUAAUUUGUCAAGUAAUAAAGUUUUCCAUGCAAGCACUUGAUUCCGAUCGUUCAGUUUGUAAGACAGCUAUAUGCUAUAGUUGUCCGAUCUGUACAUAUUCUUCAAUUCAACAAAUGUAAGUAAUAAAAGGACAUGUGCAAAAUUUCUGAUCGAUAUAUCAAAAACUGAGAGACAUGUGCGCAUUUAUACAGAAGAACAUGGCUAAAUCGACUGAGCUCGUCAUCCUGAUCAAUUAAAUAUCAUAUAUACUUUGUACGGUCUCCUUCAAAACUUAAAAUAUUAUAAUUUUUAAAAUACCACUUUUCAAGAAAAUUUAUUUUAAAAGCGAUUUUAGGACCUUAUACUAAAUACAGAAAAAACGCUAUUGAACCAAACCAAUUUUUUUCGAGAAUUUAGGAAGUAUUUUCUCCGUUUUUCAAAGUUAGCCUCCCAAAUUGAAGUAUUUGCCUUCGAAAUUGUGCUUAUUGAAUUUAUCAAUAUUAAUUAUAGCAUACAAGUUCUUAAAAAAGUUAAUUUAUUAUAUAUAAUAUAAUAAAAAUGCUAUAAGAGCCUUAUUCUCAAAACACAAUCGAAAAAGAAAUAGAUUAUAAUGAAUUGUUAAAAACUUUAAAUUUUUUGUCUAUUUAAAUAUCUAAUAUCUGUCUAUCUAAUUUAAAAACAAUUUUUGAGAGAUUUUGAUAUCAAAAAAAAAUAUUUUUUGUUAUUUUAUUAAUACCUACAGUAUUUUUGAAUUUUUAUUUUGUGAAUAGAGAAUAGAGCUUCUAAACAAGCUUAAUAUAUUUUUCAAAAACUCUUUAAAUUUAAAGGUUUGGCUCUUCGAUUAAUUGAAUUUAUGUAUUUAUAGAAAGAAACCCCGUUUAUUUUGGCAUAGUUAAAAAUAAUUAGACGUCUACCACAUAUGCACAAUUUAGCUACAUACAUAUACAUUAAUCAUAUGCUAUGAAGCAAACGAAAACUCAACUCUACAUAUUAAGGUUACAUUUUAGAAAACCAGAUCAACCACAAUGGUAAUUAAUUUACAAUAGAACAGUUGUAAAACUACAAAUCACAGACGGAAAAGAACAAACCAAACGACUCUGCUCUUCAAAUAGAAUCUUAACAACAACUAUUUAUAUUUUUUUACUCACUUACAUAUAUACUUUUGUACAUGCUUGCAUGCAUAUGAAUCUGCUUAUUUGAACUAAAACUAAAUUUUUAUUAAAAAGAAAUGGCUACAUUAAUAAUUAAACGUUAAAGAAACAACAAAACUACAAACAUAUCUCAAGCUAAGCUUCACUUCAAAAGUUGUAAAGGCCUUUAGGUUAGCUGUGAGCAUUGCGUGUGAGAGUUAUUUGAAAUUAGGCUGCAAAUUGGCGUUGCAAAUUUAAUAAAAUGAAAUACAAAUUAUUAGAAACGAGAAAAAUUUGGUGUUGAAAAAAUUCGCUUUAAAGCAUAAAAUAAAAAUAAUUAUGAGAAUUUGUCACCUACACAACACAACACAACUGUAAAAGUACAAGUACAGUAUAUAUCUGCGUUGAUUUUCACUGACCUCUUACCUAUAAUGUUGAUGGAUUUUUAAGCGAAGCUUUUCCAUAUAAGAAUUUCACUGGAAGUUCUCUCAAGAGGCAACCUUUAUUAGAAAAGAUUUGUUUAAAUUGCAAUGCGGCCAUGAUAUUAAGUCUCGACCCACCGAAUGGCAGUUACAAAAUCGUCUACUAAUAUAAAAGCGAAAAUAACUACAAUCUCGCAGCAAAAAUUCAAACGAACUAAUCUUUAGUAUGUUAGAUAGGGAAAAUAUGAUUUUAUCGGUCUAAGAAUAAUCUAUUAACAAACUAAAAAUGUGUCUGAAAGUAUAUAUAUAUAUAUAUAUAUGUCAUAAAAAGUACCAAAAAUGUAUGCUAACCGUGAAAAUUUUGUUCAACGAUUGUUUUCAUACAUUAAAGUUAAUUGAUGAUUUUAAAAUCACAUUCCAUUACAUUUAUUGGCAGACUCAAGUUAUGUAUGUAUGUUAAUAAAAGUUGAAUCACAUAACUUGCAUGAUGACUGGAAAUUUUAGUUUAACAAUAAGCAAAUGGAAAUAUUUUUUAACUAAUUAUUGAAGUUUUUACUGAGUUUAUAUCGCAUUUCUUACUAUUUUCAUUACUUUUUUAUUAUAACUCAACAGUAUUUUAUUUGACUUGCAAUUUUACCAGAUUAUAUUUUUCACAUAUAUUUUUAUGCACACGAACAUUACACACACAUACACAUACCUACGAAUGUUGAAUUAAUUAACUACAUACAUUAUUUUGCAUACAAAAAUAUUUGUUACUAAUAAUAAAGUGCUGAUGCAAACAUAAAUAACUUUAAAAAAAAACAGAAUAUCACAAGCUAUAACUCUAGUGCAGCGAGCUUUGAAGCUACAUAUUUUAAACUAAUUUAAUGCAAAGACUUAAAUUAAAAACUAUCAUGAAUGCAUGUUUAAUUGUUUAAGCAAAAAUAACCCUUUCAUAAACUAUAAAAAAAUACAUAUACAGCAUAUGAAAAAAGUAUGCAUACAAUGAAUAAAUGUUUGUGAACCUAACCGAUGCCUAGAGUACAUACAAACAAACAUACAUAGGUAGUUACACACAAAUAGUAUAAUAUCAUGUAUAGACUUACUAACUGUGGUAGCGUUACAUAAAUAUAAUAAAAACAUGCUAAAACUAACUGUAGAGUAUUGAAAAAAA